CACACACACAAACACACACACGCACACGCACACACAUGCACACACACACAACGACCGACAGACCGACGGUUGCUGUGAAUCGAACAUGGCGACUGUACCCGUCUAUUGCAUCUGCAGAUUACCUUACGACGUGACCCAAUUCAUGAUUGAGUGCGAUGCUUGCAAAGACUGGUUUCACGGCAGUUGUGUUGGUGUGGACGAAGAUGAUGCCCCAGAUAUUGACAUAUACCAUUGUCCAAACUGCGAGAAGACCCACGGCAAAUCCACAUUAAAAAGGAAAAAGCAUUGGAACAAACAGGACUGUUGGCAAAGCACAGAUGUCCGAGCUGUACAGAAUGGCAGUCAAGUUUUCAUAAAGGAGCUCCGUAGUAGAACAUUUCCAAGUGCUGAGGAUAUUGUUGUUAAACUAAGUGGCAGUCAGCUGACAAUGGAUUACCUGGAAGAGAUCGGUUUUGAGGACCCCAUCCUGGUUCAGAAAAAAGAUGGUUUGGGCAUGUCUAUGCCACCUCCCACAUUUUACAUCAGCGAUGUGGAAAAUUAUGUUGGUCCUGACGUCGCAGUUGAUGUUGUGGAUGUCACUAAACAGACUGAUAGUAAGAUGAAGCUUAAAGAAUUCGUCGAUUAUUAUUACAGCACAAACAGAAAGAAAGUCUUAAAUAUAAUCAAUCUGGAGUUCUCUGAUUCAAGGAUGAAUAGUAUUGUGGAGAGUCCUCAAAUUGUGCAGAGUUUGUCUUGGGUUGAAAACUACUGGCCUGACGAUGCUCUGCUUGGAAAGCCAAAAGUCACCAAAUACUGUCUGAUCUGUGUCAAAGACAGCUACACAGACUUCCACAUUGAAUGUGGUGGUGCCUCUGUCUGGUAUCAUGUAUUAAAGGGAGAAAAGAUUUUCUUUCUCAUCAAGCCCACCUCUGCCAACCUUUCGCUAUAUGAGCGCUGGAGGUCAUCAUCAAAUCACAGUGAAAUGUUCUUUGCUGACCAAGUGGACAAAUGUUACAAAUGCUGUCUGAAGCAAGGACAGACCUUGUUCAUUCCAUCAGGUUGGAUCAAUGCAAUUCUGACACCGGUUGACUGCUUGGCUUUCUCUGGCCAUUUUGUCCACAACCUGAGCGUGGAGAUGCAGAUGAGAGCAAAUGGCAUUGAGAAGCGACUAAAGGUGAAAACCCUCACCCCAUUUCCCAACUUUGAGACAGCAUGUUGGUACGUGGGACGUCAUCUCCUUGAACGAUUCAAAGGCUUACAUAAAUCAAAUAAGCAGCCAGCACCAUAUCUGAUCCAUGGUGCCAAAGUUAUCAACGGAGCUUUCAGAGCAUGGACAAAAAAGCAGGCCCUCUUAGAACAUGAAGAUGAGCUUCCAGAAAACAUGAAACCCUUACAGCUCAUCAAAGAUCUUGCCAGAGAGAUUAGAAUCUCAGAGAAUGCGACUAAGGCCAUGAAGAGUGAGGUGCCAUUGGAGGGCCCUCCAUCACCCCACUCUGAUCCUGAAGAUCCUGUUUCACCAGCUCAGGUUCCCUCACCGAGCUUUGAGAUAGUCAGAAAGAAAGUCUACAACCCUGCCAAACCCCAUAGGCCACAUAACCCCCCAAAGUCGACCAUGACUCCGAAAUCUCCGAAAUCACUCAAGGCCAAAGACGGCGAUAAGAAGAAAAUUAUAAAUAUACAAGAUUCACCCCCUCCACCAAAAUCCUCUAGUUUCAAAGCUCUGGAGUCCCAUGCAAAGGACAUCUUAAGUAAGAUGGAACAGCCAAAGAAGCCAAAGGGUGUGAAGAAUAUUGUGACAAUUUUAGAAAAGGAAACGAAGCAAAAUAAUGUGGAAAAGUUUGACAUUAGGGAUCAGAAUAAAACCAAGACCGAAGCAAAAUGGAAAUACAAGAAUAGUAAACCAGACUCCCUGCUAAAAAUGGAAGAGGACUGCAAAUAUGACAGGACAUCAGUUUUAGGAAAUAAAGUCAGUUUUACAGUGACUCACAAGAAAAUUCUGGGCUCAAAGAAAGUGAAAGCUCAGACUGAGGCAAGUAUUUUUGGAACAUUGCAAAACUUAAAAGAGGACAAACCCAAGCCAGUGAGAGAUGAGUAUGAAUACGUCUCAGAUGAGGGAGAACUGAAGAUUGAUGAAUUCCCAAUACGACGGAAAAAGAACACCAUGAAGAGAGAACUUUCCUUUUUGUCAGAAAUCAGAGCACCUAUACAACCAACCAAAAAAACAAAGACCAAGCCCUUGGUGUCAAAGAAUCAGAGUGCUGAUUCUUCAGAUGAAGAAACUCUACAUAUAGACACAGACGCCAAGCCCGAGGGUAAAUGUUGCUACUUAAAUACAAAAAUAAAUAAAAACAGUGGCAGUGCGGCAGGUAUUCUUGACUUGCUGCAGGCCAGCAAGCAAGUGGGUGGAAUUGACUACAGCACCAACAGUCAGCCGCCCGCAUCUCCGAGCACACAAGAGGCCAUUCAGGGCAUGUUGUCUAUGGCCAACUUGUCGUCGUCAGACAACUUGCAGCAACAGUGGAGCAGCAAUCAGUCGAGAAACAACAGUCAGUCAAAGAACAUCUGGCAAAUGCACAGCUCACUGACUAAGAAGGCCAGUAAAGGAGUCGGCAUUGGUCGCAACAGCAACAGCAAGCAGUCCACUAAACACUUGAAAAAACCCCAGAAGAGUUGCUCCAUUGAGAGUCUUGAUUAUGAUGACCAGGAUCACAUGGAUGCAUGCUUUAAAGACUCCGAUUAUGUUUAUCCGUCAUUGGAGUCUGAGGAGGAUAAUCCCAUUUUCAAAUCCAGAUCCAAAAAAAGGAAAAACAGUGAUGACAUUCCAUACAGCCCAACAGCUCGCGUGGGACCUUCAGUUCCUCGACAGGAAAGGCCUGCGAGAGAAGGAGCUCGCGUAGCCUCCAUAGAAACAGGCUUGGCUGCUGCUGCAGCAAAGCUUUCUCAUCAGGAGGAACAGCAAAAAACAAAGAAGAAGAAAGUCAAAAAGAAGACACUGAUAGAAGAGCCACUAAAAAUCUCUCAAGAUAGUAGCUCGACAGAUCACAAUCUGGACUCCCAAGACGGCAGCCUUACAGAUAAUGAAUUGAACAGCGAAACAGUGAAGUCGCCACGAGUGCCGCAGCCCAUGAAGCCGGGGGGAUUUCUCAGCCAAAGGCGACCGUCGAUGUCUUCGAACAUCAACUCUAUGACAAAAGGGGAUCGUGGAGUUUCUGCAGAAGCUAAAGCUAAGCGGCUAAAGAAAGGCAUGGCAACAGCAAAACAGAGACUUGGGAAGAUUUUAAAGAUCCAUCGAAAUGGCAAACUCCUCCUGUAGCAUGCAGCAAACUCUCAGACUGGAAAGUCAUGAACUGGGUCCCACUUUCUUUUUUCUCCUGAUUCACUUUAACAGUGAGAAAAAAGCUGAGAUGGGGAAAAAAAAUCAUCCAUUUUUCACUUUCCAAGACCAACAUCAAACAAAUACAUUUCUGCCUCUCCUUAUACUUUCUAACUUUGAGAUAUUAAAGUGUACAUAAUCAGCUAUAAAUAUUUUUAAUAAAACCUGUAUGUUUCACUUUACUAUAUUAGUUAUCAGGAUACUAAAACAUGAACAGAAAUACAUUGCAGGCAUUCCAUUUUAGAAAUUAUCCUUUGCAUGUAAUUCAACGAUAUGUGUCCUUGGGUUUGGGAAGUUUAACAAAUAUUUCCACUCGAUACAACUUAUUAUUGCCACACUAAUGUUCAAGUUGAGAGAGAGCAAAAUGACCUCAUUUGUUACCAUCCAGAAAGGGCUCUUAGCGUAUCACAGAAUGGUUUAAGUCAUCGUGAGCAAUUAUUUAUUU